GUGUGUCGUGUCGUGUCGUCUGCUAGUGUUAGUGUUACACCAUGGCUGCGGAUAGUGCCGGCCUACUACUAUUACUAACAACAGUGCGUCAGUGAGUUAACACGGUGUUGUCAGUUGUCGUAGUAGUGGCUCGAACUGAACAGUUAUUAUUUUCGGUUUAGGGGAAGUGUAUUUGAGUUUCGUUUUAUAACCUCACACCAGCAAUAAAUACAGUUCAAACUCAGCCCUAGAACAUAGUGACUGUGAGAACUGUUGGGAUGUGUUGUGGUAAGAAGUGACCUAUAUAGUAAUGGAAGCUCAAGAUCAACACAGCAGUCAAGUCUCUCUGGCCGAUGAAGCCACACCUGUGGAACCAUCAUCAGAGGAGAAUGAAGUUUCAGUCAGUGAUGUCGCAGAUUUACUGCACCAACAGUAUGCCAUCAUAACAGGAGGCAAAUCACAGGAAGGGUUUCCCUUGAUCAGUCUACCAGAUCAGGGUAACUUUGCCAAUCUGAGCGAUGCAGAUUAUCAAAAGCUGGUGUUAUACCUGACGUCAGUGCCUUCGAUGCAAGAAGCGGACAUGGGCUUUGUGCUUGUUGUUGACCGCAGAAACGACAAAUGGAGUUCUGUUAAAACUACUCUUCUUAAAAUAUCUAGUUUUUUCCCAGGAGUUUUAAACGUGGCUUAUGUUGUCCGGCCAUCAGGGUUUUUUCAGAAGGCCAUAUCUGAAGUUAGCAAUAAGUUGUUCAAAGAGGAAUUCAAAUUUAAGGUGGUAGUGUGCAGCUGUGUGGAAGAUCUCCAUCAGUACGUGGACAAGACUGAAUUGACCACCGAUUUGGACGGAACCAUGCCUUACAGCCAUUCACAUUGGAUACAGCAGCGCAUCGCGCUGGAGCAGUUCUCUUGCCAGACACGGGCUGUGUCACUGUCGUUGGACGACUUUACACGGCGGCUGCGUGAGAGUGCGGUAGAGCUGGGAGGAGGAGGUACACUGGAGGUAGCGCAGGCCCUGCUGGUAGCACAGGGUGGCGAGUAUACCCGACUGAAGGAGGAGAUAUUGCUUGCAGCCAAGCGAGGGGAAUCAUUGCUGGGAGAUAUUAGACAACGGUUGAGCCAGACACCCACAAAGGAACCAUCGUCACUCGCCAACAUCACUGCUGUUGAGAGGCUGCUGGUCCAGCUGGAGGAGACAGAGAGGACUUUUGAUGAGUUCUGGCAGCAACACUCUGCCCGCCUCCACCAGUAUUUGGAGCUCAAAACAUUUGAGCAGGACUUCAAGGCCAUCCAGUGUGCGCUGGACCGUCACCUUAAGACUGUUAGUGAGCUGACUGAAGUUGGUGAGACAGUGGAUAGAGUGGACACACUUAUCAGGGAUCUUGUUGCAUUCCAGAAACUCUGUGUGAGUGAGGUAGAAAGAGCGGAGGAACUGGUUAGCAGUGGAGAGCGGAUGUUACGUGGGCGUCACUACCUCCACCUUGACUGUGUGGCUCCCAAGUGUGAGGAGCUACAGAGGAUGAGUGUGACCUUGGCAGACAGGUUGCAGCGGAGGUCAGAGUUCCUGGCCAAAUGUCGAGAACUGCAGGAGAGCAUCGAUAAGGCCAAUAAGUGGUGUACUCAGGGUAUUGACCUGCUGGCCUCCCAACACAUAGAGAAGUGCUCAUGCAGUGCAGAGAGUGCGGAGGCUGCAUUAGCAGAGCUAGAAGCGUUCAUGGCCAGCGCCUCUCAGUUCAAAGUGAGCAGUCCACGCCAGUUUCAUGUCCUCUUCCAAGACUCCAUCACACCAGAGACCAAGGCUUUGGUCACACAGGUGUUACAGAGGAUAGACGAUGUGACGACAAUGUGUGACAAGCGACUGAGCAGCCUGCGGCGGUUAGCGCAGAAGCCUCCGCGCCCGGUCCAGACAGUGACACCGGAGCCACAGGCCCCAGCUCCGCUUAAGAAGGUUCCCUUGCCAGCUCCAGCUCUCUCUGAGGGUGGAGUAGUCGACACCAUGCGCUCCAAGCGUAACCAUGUGCUCACAGAACUCCUAGACACUGAGAGAAUAUAUGUGUCUGAGCUUGGAUCCAUUCUUACAGGCUACAAGUACACCAUGAGCCAGGAGGACAUGAAGCCUCUGCUGCCAGCAGGUCUGGAGGGCAAGGCUGAUAUCCUUUUCGGUAACUUGGAGGAGCUCUACAGGUUCCAUGGAGAGGUUUUUCUUCAGGACCUGGAGAACUGUAUAUCCACAACAGAGCUUGUAGCUCUCUGCUUCACACACAGGAGAGAAUCUUUCUAUCGGCUAUACAGUUACUAUUGCCAGAACAACCCGAGAUCAGAACGAUUGAGGGCCUCUCUUGGUGACAACACAUUCUUUGUCACAUGUCAGCGGAAACUGGGACACAAGCUACCUCUUGCUGCCUACUUGCUCAAACCUGUCCAGAGAAUAACCAAGUAUCAGCUCUUAUUGAAGGACUUGCUACAUUACAGUGAGGGCCAAAAGUGGUGUGGGGAGUUACAGGAGGCUCUGGACUGUAUGUUGGUGGUACUAAAAUGCGUUAACGACAGCAUGCACCAAAUAGCUAUCACUGGAUAUUGGGGGGAACUUUCUGAGCUGGGUGAGUUACUGAUGCAAGGAAGUUUCUCGGUAUCACCAGAGAGCAAGAAGGACAGAUUACGUGAUCUCAGGCUCAAGCCCAUGCAGAGACACAUCUUUCUCUACCAGAAGGCUUUGUUGUUCUGCAAGAAGUCAGCAGCUCAUAACAAAGCUACCUAUCAUUUCAAGCGGAUACUCAAGAUGUCCCAGGUGGGUCUUACAGAGACGGUAAAAGGUGACGGGAAGUCAUUUGAGGUAUGGUUGCAAGGAAGACAAGAGGUAUACAUCAUCCAAGCUGCAACCACGCAGCAGAAGUCUCUCUGGGUUGAGCAGAUCAAGAAACUUCUGUUGGACCAACUGACUGAGCUCAAAAUUAAACAGUUCAACAAAUCUCAGCACAUGCCGCUGAGACUGACCAGCUCAUUGGACAGUUCCCAGGUUGUGAUGCCACGCACUUUGAGUGCAGAGGAUUCGAUGCCUCACAGUCCAGCCCUCAGUCAGCCAGCAGACGACGAUGUAGCCUGGUCCUCGGACUACACCAACAGUGAAGAAGACGAGCCAGUCACUGAACAUGGAGGCAGAUUCACAGCACUGGCCGACUACUGCGCUGUGGGCCACAGUGAAGUGAACAUGCGAGAAGGGGAUACUGUGGAGCUACUCAAAGAGGGCUGUGCUGGCUGGUGGUACAUCAAACAUGUUGGUGGAGGGGGAGAGGAGGGUUGGGUUCCCGCAGCAUACCUGGAACACUGUUCUCGCAAGACCUCCCGCAGCAGUCAGUCUGUCAGCAGUCAGGUGUCUGUCAGUACUGAGUAAACAUAACGUUUUACUGACAAUUGUUUCUGUUCUAUUAUGUCAAGUUAAUGUUUUCAUUAGAACGUUAUUGUACAGUAGUUUCUUUGAUUUUAAUUUUGUAAUUUUCUUUUAACUUUACAUGUGUAUAGUGUAUAUUAGAAUUAUUGUUAUUAUUUUAUUUAUAAUAUUUUAUGAAAAGUGAAUAUGAAAUUAUUCAAUUGUCCUUUAUUUCCAGACUGAUAUUUUAAUGUGUUAAGUUUAACUGUUGUUCUCAAUGAACUAUUUAAAGUUUGUUUUAAAACCUCUAUACAACAUAUGCAGUACGUGUAAUUUUACUAUUACCAAAUGCGUUAUCAUUAGUUUUUUUUUCAAGUGUGAUACUAAAUCACCAGUUUUAUAGCUGUGUGCUCUUAAGUGCUUAUUGGAGAUAAUAACCUUGCCAAUUUGACAAUAACUUUAUUGCCACUUUAUUGUUGGCAUUUUCUUCUUACCAUUCCAGAUUAGUGCUGGUACGCAGUAUACAAAAUAUUCAUACAUUUUUACUUUUAGUCUAAUAGUGUAACAUUUUUGUGUUUUUAAUGUCAAUUACUAUACACAUAGUAGUUAUGUAUCUGUAAGCACAGGUAGCUAAAACUAUGGAUUCUGCAUUAUACCAAACAUAAAUAAAAAGAAUUACUCAGUAUAAAUGUUACAGUAACUAAUACAGUAUAAAAGUUGUAAGUAAUAAGUAUCAUGCAGUUAAAUGAAUUCAAAAUAAUUUUGUGGUUCAUUGUUAUACUUUUGUAUGUACAGUGGACAGACCCUUUUAACUCAUUGACUGUGGCAAACGCCUUAUGGCACUUAAUCACUGUGAGAGUAGUCGUUCUCUCACUCAGUAUAGACCAGCAGUGAAAGUGUUAACUCGGUUCUCAGGGCGGUAAAAUGAAUCUCAUUGACCCUGUGUAGUGCUCCAUUACCCCAUUCUGUUAACAUUAAUGGUACUGAGAGAUUGUUGGAAGACAGCAACAACAGAGAUUAUGGCACACAAAGCAAUUUUGUAACUAAAGGUGCCAGAAACUGUGACAAGAAAAACAUUGAGAGCCUGUAGUCAUGUAGGAGCAAUGGCUUACUCAGAUGAAAAUUGUCUAUUUUGAGUAAAAAGAAAAUAACAUUUUUAUGUCAUAAAGUAGACAGUACAGUAUAGUUUAUAAAUUUUGUUUUUUGUUGUAUGAAAAUAUUUUAAAGCUGUCUUUUACAAACAUUCUCCGGUUAUAAAAGAUUUUCACAUUUAUAUCUGAUCAGUUGCAGAUUUGCCUGGACCAGCUUAAUGAAGUUCUAAUGUAUUGAAUUAUUAGAAUUAGAAUUAGAAUUAUUCGGGUUUUUAUGACACCAAAAUUGCAAUCAGUUUACUUUUAUGAGUUAAAAUCAUUAUCAAUCAUUAUUGCUUUUCAUUUUGAUUUUUAUAUUCAAAUUUUUCAUGUUUUGUGAACUGGGAAACUUCUAAUACAUUGAUGCCUAGUUUUCAAAUCAUGAGUAAAUAAAAACCACAAUUUAUCAAAUGUUAUUGAAACAUUUAGGGUCCAUUUCAAAAGCUUUGAGAGAAUCAGACAAUUGUUCACAUGAGGUGUCUUUUUGCUCACUUGUAAGGUCCUUGAGCACCAUUGUUUAAUAAACUUUCCUCGUGUCAUAAUGUUCAUGCAAAAUCUGUUGAACUGUUUCUCUGUUCAAUUCUUACAAUCCCUGGUUUAUGUUCACAUAGGACAAGAAUAUAAGGAAAUCACUUUUUGCACUUAGUUCUAAAAGGUGCUUAUUAUCUCGUGAACCACACUAAUAGUCAAUCGACAGUCUUUUGGUAUUAAAUCUAAAAUAAUUUUAAUAUUUUUAUUCGUUAUUGACAUCAAGGGCCACCAUGGAUAUUUAAUCAUUUAACCCAUUGAGAAAGUAUUUAUUGAGGCCUCUGCAGGGCAUGUAGCAGCAAUUAAAAUGGGCAAAAAUGUAAGACUUUGGUUAAAAUAUAAACAAAAUUCAUAAAAGAUAGAUCAAUAAUUUUUUUUAACUAUGUCUUUACAAUAAAAUCUGUAUUGAAUAAACUAAAUUAUAUAAGUGUAAUAAAAGUAUUAAUGAAAAAUGUUAAUUUUGUACAAAUUGUUAUAUAAAUGUUUAAAAACAAACGUUUCUAUUAUUUUUAGUUAUUUUCUAACUAACUUCAAAUAUACUUUACCUAAAAUAUUAGAUCUAUAAAAAUGUUCAUCUUUAUAUUUAAAAUAAUUAGCACAAAAAUAAAAUAAAGGAAAUAUAAGUAAUGUUUUUUAUGAUUUUGCUGGACAUAUAUUUCUUAAAUUUAUUCUUUCCUAGGAAAUUCAGAUAAUUCUACUCACUGUACACAAAAUUAGUUUACAAAUAAUAAAACAUACUGUACAAUUGUAAAAUAAUCUAAAUAACCUUCAUUAUGAAGUUCAAGUUCUUCAUCCUCGUACAACUGUGAAUUGGCAAACAGUUAUUGAGCAUGAGAAAUAUUUACGUCAAAUGCUUUCAUCACUAUCUCUGAUAUCAAAAUUGCACUUUUAAUCACUGUCUAAUAUUAAAGCAACAAAUCAACACACCUUAACCUCGCAUGUGGUAGCUGACAAUCGGAAACAAUGUCAAAGCACAGCUGGUCUAUUCAGUGCUGCCAGUGACAAAACGAAAAUAAAAUGCAAUUUCCUUUUAGUAAAAGACCAGUGAAGACAAUAGCAACAAUACCUAGUGGAUAUUUCCAGAACUAGAACAGCCCAUAAGAUAAAGAAUGGCUAAACCUAGACUACAUAACCAUCUCGUAGCUCGGCAUUCAUCCUAGAAUGCUUGGUAUGUAACCAGCUCGUAUGUCUACCCCAAUGGGUAAAACCACUCAAAAACUUGAGUAUGUAAUAAACAUUCAUUACCUUACACUUUUUUAACAAAUAAUGUGCAUCUGUAUCGGAUUUUGCAAGUUCCACAGAAAAUGUCACAUUAAUCAUUGCUCUUUCAAUAUGUAAAGCAUUUUUCCAAUAGAAAACUGAUACACAGUCUGACUGAGUGUCUACGAGUAGCCAGAUAGCGGUAAUGGAAAAAGGAGUUUGUCCUGGUUAUUUCUUAGCUAGGCCUUGUUUGUAUUUAUUGAUUGAUGUCUCAUUUAUGCAAAUCUCAGUGAAAAUUGUAAAACCUAUAACUAAAUGCAGUAGAUAACUUUUACUAGACCAAAGUCCUCUUUUGUGCAUAUGACAUAGUGCAAGAAAAAAUAUAUAAUGGAAUAUAAAGUUGUUAGAAAUUGUGUUGUAUGUUUAAUAUUGUUUAUCUUAAUGUAAGUCAAACAUAUACGUGUUAAAAUAGUCAACUAAUCAGUUUUGUAACUACACCUCAUCACUGAAUACGAUCCCCUACAACAUAAACGUAGCUCCAUACCUCCUGUAUCUUUGUUUAAUUGUCAUUUAUACUUAGCAUAAACAAUAAUGUUAUACAUUUUACUAUUCUGAACCAUUUUAUUUGUGAGUGUUCCCCAAAAUAUUAAUGUCACAAAGUUUUCAAGGAAAAUUUUUCUUUUACAGAAAGUACGAUUUUUUUAUGAUAAAAUUCCCUACAAAACAGUAUUUUGAGGAACACUGCAUAUAUUUUAUACUUUUCAUUUAAUAAUAUUACUUUAGAAUACCUCAUUAGUGUGAAUAGUAUUAAUAAAAAUUAUUUGUAUCUCGUGUAAACCAUGUACAUUUAAAAAUGGGCACAGAAAUAAAAAAAAUUAUUGUACAUAUUUAAAAGCUGAUAUUGUGUUAAAAAAAGUUGGCUGUGAGAUAUCCUAUACCUAUCCAAUUUCUUCUUUGCAUUGUCCACAAUGUAGUCAUGUGCAUGUGUUAAUUAUGUUAUAAAUAAAAUAAUUCUGAUUAAAGUGCCAAAAUGUACCAAGAUAAAUGACAAUUUUGAAGAGUUUUCAUUUAUUAUCAAAUAGUAUUUAGCAAGCGGAAAAAUAAGCAAAGUUACAUCUUGACUAAUAAACUUAUUAUUAUUACCUAAUUUAGAUAAUAAUAUAUUAAUUAAUUAAAUAGUAUCAUACAGUUUAGUUCUACAACAAUGAAUUGACUACUAGUGUUGCCAAUUUUAUAUAUAUAUAUAUACUUAAUGCUUAAAGAGUAGAACAAGUAUGAAAGGUAAGGUAUUACAUUAAUAUUAUGAAUAUCUAUGGUAGUUAAUAUAUCUAAAUGUAACAUGACUAUUGUGUACAUAUUUCAAGACAUACAUUAACGGAUGGAACAAAAUAACAUCCCUCCUGCUACCAUUCUUUCAUUUGUUUCAUGAGUAACAUCUGUCUUCAGUUAUAUUUAUUAGACUACUGAUUUUUUGUAACUAUUUUUUAUUUUAUACCCUCUUCCAAAAUGGGGGAGCAACUCAAACUUUUGAAGUAUCCAUCUUAUGCAAAUUAAAGAAUGCAAAAUAGUAAACUCAACAAUUUAAAAAAAAUGAAAAUGACCAUUUAAACUUAUAAAUUUAAUUGUUUUUUAAUAGUACAUAAUAAAGGUUUUACAAUCAAAUCACAUUGUAUUUAUGGGACAACAUAAAGUAUUAUUAAGUGGUUCCUGGCUUCAUUUUUCAGUUUGAUGGGUCACAAGAUGGAGUUAAUAUAUCAAUACUUUAAUUAGUACUCCCCUACAAUUUUAAUUAAUCUAAAAUAAUUUAAAUAAACCGUCUUCAGUUUUCUACAUGGAGCUUUUUGUUUAUUUGCACUAAUCAAUGUUCACUGUAUUAAGACAACAAGGGAAUAUUUUUUUUUUGCUUACAAAACUCUAAACUUGUAAUUAACCACUAUGCUGCAUGUGGGCCAGAUGCAGUUUAAUUUGUAAAUAAUACUGGUUUUUGUGUUUGCAUUCUACUUUGGUGGGUCCCAAAAUAUGUAGAAGUUGCUAUUUGAAAGUUUUGAGUGAGGGAUUUAUUAAAAAAAUAACUUAUUUACUAGUCUUAUGAAUAUCUCCCAAAGGCUUAGAUAUUUUAAAAUUGUUGUUAUGUCUUGAAAUUAUUGCCAUAGACAAUUAAAAUAUAAACAGCAGUAAAAUUAAAAAUUUUAAUAUUUCAUGUCUUUUACAUUACUAGUUGUAUAAUAGCUCUCUAAUAUAUAUUAUAGUUAUGAGUGAGAUUUUUAUAAGUUAAAAAGUAUUUUUUACAAUCAUGUAAUAAAAAAUAUUCUUCAGUUAUUGUCACAUAUUGUAAGCGAUGUUACUUAUCAAAUAAAGCACUUUUUAUUUUAUAUCUAUAAAAUACAAUUUUGAUCUUGUUUUGGUUUUUAUUUUUUUUCAUCCAGAAUAGUAAACUCUUAAAUUAAACUAUACACCAAUCCUAAAUAACAUGUAAUGUAAACCAUUACUUGAACUUGAAUUUGUUGUGUUAAGUUAUAUAUAAAGAAUUCUGUGAUUUUUGUUUUGCCCUAGCGUUUUAUGAUAAAAUAAGUUACUAAAAAUUUUCUAGGAAAAUAAGUUACUAAAAAUUUGCUAGAAAAUCUGUCAAGUUAAAUUGUUGUACAAUUAUACAAUAAAUAGUGAACACAUGAGAAAUAUUGUUAAUUUAUUGUAUAUUGCACUGUUUGUUAUGUUUGUUGCAUUCAUAACUGGUGUGCAUUUAUAUAUUUCCAUGUUGUUACUAUUUCUUAGUGUAAAUUUCCAGAAAAGGAACAUUUAGAAAAGGGCUUCCUUGGCUUUCAGAAGUGCAUAUAAAUUUGCAUUCUAUGUCUUGUACAUAUAUUACAUGUUUUUACAUGAAUUUUAAUAUUUUUAUAAAAGUAUGCAUAAGAUGUGUCUCAAGGAUAAGUAAUGCCUUGCACAUAUUAAUGGUAAUUUUGUUAUAAAUUUCAUCAGUCCACAUUUUUUGUUCUUUAUAAGGUCUAGGAAAAGUCUAUUACUAUUCUUCUUUAAAAGCUUUGUCUUCUUAUCCAAAUACUAGAUAAAUGUGGUUUCUAUAUCUUUAUGUUCUGCUCACUGUUAAAAAAAAUAGUAGAAAAUUUCAAUAACAGAAAUAUCUUAUUUAUUAUUAUAUUGGAGUACUGAGGCAAGACAUUUUAGUCUAAUAAAUUUCAUUACUGAAAAAGACUUGUGACAAAAGAAAAUUUUGAAAAUUUGUAUUAAAGUUUUCCUAUGUAUUUAAAUAUAAUGAACAAAAUUCUUUUGUUCAAAAUUUUAAUUUACAUGUAAUGUAAAACUGCAAUUAAAAAUAGGAAUCCAAACAACACAACCAUUCAAAACUUAUCAGAACUAUCUGGUAUUAUGGGAAAAAAUUGUUAUAUUUAAGAGGGGAAGUAUCGGGUAUGUGAAGGGAGAAAGUUUGUGCCAGAUUCUGGCACUAUUUAUUCUUUACGAGUUGAUGACUUGUUGGGAAGUUGUGUGUAGAGGUUCAGGGAACACCCACAGGAAACAAAUAAAACUGAUCAACGUUCUAGAAAUGUCAAACAACCAUUGGCAAAUGGUGUUUAUGAGAAUUCAAAACAAUGUUCAAACGUUCUAUUGUUGUAUAAAUGUGAUCAUUUUAGUGUUUUCUAAAUUUUUUUUUUAGUUUUGCAUUAACUUAUAUUUGUAAUGAGUAGAAUAACAUUAUACA